AUGGCACGUUCUUCGAGUAAAACAAGGAAUUGGAACUUCUAUUCAACACAUUACAGCCCGGCAAACGCCUCAGACACUUCCAACCAGACUGUUAAUUCCGAUCAAGAAGAUAUUGGCCGGUCCAGAAGGUCGAGCUCAGAAAAUUUACCCUACGGGCGACAAAGAUCUGUAUUUCCUUACGGGAUUGUGAGUGAAUAUGACCUUAAGGACACCAUUGGCGCUGAAACUAAGGAUCACAUUUUAUCCGAAAAGCCAGAUUCCAGAACCGGAAAGUGGAGGAGUUCUCCUUGUUUGGAUUCUUCAAGUAAUACGAGAUGGGGAACGAAGAUUUUGCAGACACCAUGUCGUGGUUCUAAGAGUGCAGAUGGCGAAGCAAGUUGGGAAAUAAAACCUCGGAGUCGACUCUUUCGUGAACGAUUACACAGUUGUCCAAGUACUCCGAUGAACGAUUUUCUUCGCGUUGAAAUUCCUGUGUUGUCAUCAAUUAUGGUCCAAGCUCAAUCGCUGCCACUUGUCAGUCGGCCUACACAGUCACACAUACCUUCGAGGCCGAAGCCCUCGUCUGCGCCGAAAGAAAGUACACGUCGACUGCGCGCGGAAAGCGUCGGCCCUGUAAUCGAAAGACCAAAGAAAACAGCUAUUGAAAGCCAAAUGCAGGGCAAGGAAAGAGAGAUUUCCAAGGGCGUAUCAGAAAUAAAAAUUGAGGACGGCGUUAUUAUAAUCGAUAACGGAAAAGUUAUAGAUCUGAAAGAGGAUAAACGUAGCAAAAAGCACAAGAUGAAAACUUCCGAAGCUGCUGUAAAAAGCAGAAGCUAUCGAGAUUUUCAAGAGGCGAUGCAGAAAUUUGAAGAUGCUCAAUUAAACUUAGAGGGAGAAGUGAAGUCUAAAGCUAAAACGUUUAAAACGAAAGAUAAAGAACAAGAUUUUUUCAACGAACAUGUUCAAACACAGUUUUUAGACUUGCUCUCGUCCGUGAAAGAUAAACGAAAGAAGAGCAAAGGGAAAAAGUAUCGAUGCUGA